UUGUCCUCUUUGCACGCUCUUCUUGUUUUCAAACACGGUGAAAAGGAAUAAAAAUUCUACGGUCCCUCCCCCAUGGUCAAAAAAGCAGACCUCCAUAAAUAUAACACAUAACACAUAACGCUAGAGAGAGAGAGAGGAAACGUUUCUCAUUGCCUCUUUUGUUUGGAAUCUCCGUCGCUUUUUUUUUUUUUUGGUUUGAUCGGUUCGGUGGUGAAUCUAAGACAUGGCUGCUGCGAAGAUCGUGGCUUUGUUACUUCUCGCCUUGGUUUUCACCACCACUGUCUUUGCCGAUGGUAGUGAUGAGCCGGAGGUUGUUGACUCCGCUGGAUCCGACGGCUCUUAUAAGAUCCAAGUAGAUCAGCUUAACGACAAGAUCCGAGCUUUAGAAACUCAAAUCGAUGAGAAAAGCCGUGAAGUUAAGGGCAAAGACGAGUUAGUAGCAGAGAAGGAGAAACUUCUUCAACAGAAGGAAGACAAGAUUGCUUCUUUGCAAACUGAAGUCUCAAAACUACAAGGAUCAUCUGAUUCUGCAAAACAGUUGGGGAAGGCUCAAGAACGUGUUGUUGAAUUAGAGAAGCAGAUAGAGGUACUCAGAAACUUCCUGGAGCAAAAGAACAAGGAGAAAGCUUCCUCAGAAGCUCGGACCAAGGAAGCUGAGAAAAAACUAAACGAAGUAAACUCAAGCCUAGAAAAACUUCAGAAGACAAAUGAAGAGCAGAAGAACAAAAUAGGCAAACUUGAACGUGCUAUUAAGAUGGCUGAGGAAGAAAUGUUGAGAACAAAGCUUGAAGCAACCUCAAAGGCUAAGGCACUCCUGGAGGCUCAUGGUUCGUGGCUUCCCCCUUGGCUUGCUGUUCACUGGAGUAGUUUCCAGACUUAUACCGAGACACAUUGGGAGGCCCACGGGAAGCCUGUUGUGGAGACAGUAAUUCUAAAGGUCACCGAAGCAAAAGCUCAAGCUGAUAAGUGGGCUGAACCACAUGUGGAAAACAUUAAAACUAAAUAUAUCCCAGCGGUAAAGGAAACUGUUGCGACACAUGUUCAGCCACACGUCCGAACAUUAUCCAUUAAAGCCAAAGAGGCUUACCAUGCAUCCAAGAGUGCUGUUUCCCCUCACAUUGUCACGGUUCAAGAAAUCGUAGACCCUUAUUAUCAGGAGGCUAAAAAGUUUAGCAAGCCAUACGUUGAGCAAGUGGCAACGGCGACGAAACCACAUGUUGAUAAAAUCAAGGUUGCCAUGAAACCUUACACUACCAAGGUGGUCAUCGUUUAUACAGAGUUCCUUGAAUCUGCCACGACUUAUCAUAAUCAGGUCCAAGCCCAUGUUGAACAAAAACUAAAGAGCCAUGAGCUGACAGAGGCUUUUGCUACCAGUGAAUUUGUUUGGUUUGCGGCUUCUGCGUUGUUGGCGUUACCCAUCUUCUUUGCAUACAGAGUUCUCGCUUCCCUUUUCUGCACAAAGGCAAAGACACCUGUUAAACACCCUCAUCACCAUGGUCGCCGUAAGACCAAAAAGGGUCACAGUCACACUGAGAAAUGAGAUUCAUUGUUCCACGCGCUCAAAAUAGUUGAGGUAUCGAGGUUAAACCGCGGACUCUUCUAAGAUCAUGGUUGAACUCUGCUCUUUGUUGCAAAACGUGUUGACCUCUCUCCUUUUAUUGUUUUGUGUUGGACAAAGAUUCAGUCUCUUUUUCACACAGAAUAUUAGACAUUACUAGAGAAAAUCUAGCAAAGCUUGGUGUAAUUUUAGUGUAUUUUUCCAUUUCACAGGAAUUUGUUUCACGUUGUUUCUUUCUUCUGUUCAAAUGAUCUUUUAGCAUAUUUUCUCUUUGCAUCAAAACCAAAUUCUUGUUAAUUUAUCUGAAACAUUUUGUCUUUACCUCGGAACUUUUAACAGUUUCUUUUCUCUGGAGGGUUGGGAAACAGCUAAUAUAAAAGUGUGACCAGACAGUUG